AAUUCAGGAAAACCUAAUAGCCAGACAGGAGCACAAUACGCCAAGCAGCCAAACGGGGUGGGUACGUCAAAUCAUCGUAUCAUCAUUUGGACUGCUGGAAUCAAAUUUCCCCAAACUCACAAUCAGAGUAUCUUUCGAGCGUUGGGCGCGCGAAGCCGCAAACAGCGGGUUAAUAGUUGCAUUCAGUUUACUCGGUUACUGCUCCUACUCUAUCUCCCUCUAUUCCAUCCUCCCUCCAAAAUCGAACUCCAUCUCUCUCUUAAAAGCAACCGACAGAGAGUUUUUGAGCUUCAGUUGGUCGUCAGUAAUGGCGGAUGAAGGCCUGAAUUCUCAAAGAAGGGACCCGAUUAAGUCUUCAGUUGGAAAUGUCGCAGCAAAUCGAAGACGACAACACGCUGUUACAGUGGGAAAAGAAAGAAGGGAAGCACUGGUUCGAACAAAGCGUUUGUGCCGAGUUGGAGUUAGUGGUGAUGACAUCGCCCCUCCUGACAGUGAUAUGAUGAUUGAUGUAGAGGAAUCAGUUCUUGAGGUUCAGACCUCUUCUGCUGUGGAGGAAUUAAAGUUUGCUAUUUCGUUUCAGGGGAAGGGAGCAAUGUCGAAAAAGGUGACUGCCCUUCGUCAACUACGGAGGUUGUUGUCGAGAUCCGAAUUUCCUCCUGUUGAAGCUGCUCUAAAAGCUGGAGCUGUAUCUCUUCUUGUCCAGUGUCUUUCAUUUGGUUCACCAGAUGAGCAGUUGCUUGAAGCAGCUUGGUGUCUUACUAACAUCGCAGCUGGAAAGCCAGAAGAAACGAAAGCUUUAUUGCCUGCUUUACCGUUGCUUAUUGCUCAUCUUGGAGAAAAGAGCUCCAUGCCUGUUGCUGAGCAGUGUGCAUGGGCUUUGGGAAAUGUUGCUGGUGAAGGGAAAGAACUUAGAGAAGUUCUGCUCUCGCAAGGAGCCUUACCACCUCUUGCAAGAAUGAUGCUGCCCAAUAAGGGUUCAACAGUGCGAACAGCUGCUUGGGCACUUUCAAAUUUAAUCAAGGGACCUGAUUCAAGAGCGGCAACAGAGCUCAUAAAAAGUGCUGGGGUCCUUGAUGCAAUUAUUCGGCACUUGAAAAAAGCGGAUGAGGAUCUGGCUACAGAAGUAGCAUGGAUUAUUGUGUAUCUUUCAGCCCUUUCUAAUGUUGCUAUCGACAUAUUGGUGAAGAGUGAUCUCCUUCAAUUACUCGUGGAAAGAUUGGCAACAUCAAAUAGUUUGCAAUUGCUCAUUCCGGUACUGCGGAGUCUAGGUAAUCUUGUGGCUGGUGAUGCUCAUAUGACUGAUGGAUUUUUUGUUGUUGGACAGGGAAUCCCAGAUAAUGUCGUUGCAGCACUAAUCAAAUGUCUGAAAAGUGAUCAUCGGGUCUUGAAGAAGGAAGCAGCUUGGGUGCUAUCUAAUAUAGCUGCUGGUUCCAUUGAACAAAAACAGUUAAUAAAUUCAAGUGAAGCCGUGCCAUUGUUAUUGCGACUACUUUCAACAGCACCAUUUGAUAUAAGGAAGGAAGUAGCAUAUGUUCUAGGAAAUCUCUGUGUUGCUCCAUCUGAAGAUGGUGGGAGACCAAAUUUGAUUCUGGAUCACUUGGUCUCCCUUGUUGGUAACGGCUGCCUUCCGGGUUUUGUAAAUAUGGUCAGGUCUGCUGAUGUUGAGGCUGCAAGGCUGGGGCUCCAGUUCAUGGAGCUGGUCUUACGGGGGAUGCCGAACAGUGAGGGUGUAAAACUCGUAGAGAGAGAGGAUGGCAUUGAUGCCAUGGAGAGGUUCCAAUUUCAUGAAAAUGAAGACCUUAGAAACAUGGCUAAUGCACUAGUUGAUAAAUAUUUUGGGGAGGAUUAUGGGCUUGAUGAGUAAGCACCGCGAUCCAAGUUGAUGCAUCGAUUUGUAAGUGACUGAUUCCAUAUCCCUCCAUGGAUGCAGACGACAAACUGUGAGUUGCUCCAUAUCUGUUGUGCAGUUCUAAUCAAUUGCCGGGCUUGCUGAUUUUCAGGAUUCAUAGUUGAUGAGGAAAACUGGAAAAGUUUCAGUCUUGUAUAAUUGUAUGUGAUCAUAUCAGCUGAAGCUUGUUGAUUAUGUACACUGUCAUGCAAUUUUGCAUUGUAAGAUAGCUUGUUUAGUGUUGACUUGGCAUUUUUCCUCUUUCUGAAUUGCUUUUUGGCCGAAAACGAGAAGACUGAAACAAGUGUUUCUAUAGUGAGAGAAUGGAUUACAAAUACUAUAUUUCUCUAGUUCUUCUUCCAGCAAAGAGACCAUCAGUAAUUGGUCGUAUUUCAUGUUUAUUAGAAUUCAAA